UGAUCUCAGAGUCGGCGUGGGAGCAGCAGCGCGGGCGGAGGGGCAGGCGCGCUCGGCGUCCCUGCAGCCCAAGCGGGGCGCAGCGAGUCAAGAACACGUGAUUGGAUUUCUUUCCCCAUUUUGGGAAGCCCUGCUCAGCACACUACUACACUGUACAUCUGGGUCCUUUGAUGGACGAAGAAAGUGACGUGAUCCAGCCCCAAGAGCAGAGCUGCUGGGCCACUCUGCCAGAUGUGUGCCUGCGACGUAUUUUCUGGUGGCUGGGAGACAGGGACAGGUCCAGAGCUGCCUUGGUCUGCAGAAAGUGGAACCAGAUGAUGUACUCAGCUGACCUCUGGAGAUACAGGACCAUCACGUUCAGCGGGAGGCCAUCCAGGGUACAUGCAUCCGAAUUCGAGUCAGCGCUCUGGUACGUUAAGAAAUUUGGCCGCUACCUGGAACACUUGGAAAUCAAGUUCCUGAACCCUUACAAUGCUGUCUUGACCAAGAAGUUCCAAGUCACCAUGAGAGGCCUCCUGUCAUGCCUCGGCAAGAGUAACAACCGCCUAAAGUCACUCUCUAUCCAGCACCUGGAGCUGGACCGCCUGGUCUGGAGAAACAGCAUCAGGGGGUCGCUCAUCAAGAGCUUGAGUUUUUUCUUAAAGAAAAUGGGCAAACACCUGGACCAUCUUAGCCUGAAAGGGGCCCGGCUGACAGUGGAGCAAGGCUGCCACAUCCUCAACUCCUUGAGCUACCUUCGGAAUGAGAACUUGGCCUCAGAGCUCAACAUUGAGGACUUCUUCAGCCAUCACCUGGCUGUCUAUGGCAGUUCCCAGUUCAACAAGGCCAUGGCCACCUUCCACAACCUGACAUUCCUAACACUCAACUACAACUGUAUCUCUGACGAGCUCCUCGAGACCUUGAGUGAGAACAAUGCCGGCACCCUCCGGACCAUGAAUAUCAAAUGCCACGUUCACGACCCCCAUGGUCAGGUAGUUUGGGGCAUGUCCUGGGCCAAGCUGGCCAGGCAGGCCAGCAACCUAAAGGUGAACUUUUUCUUCGAGCGAGUCAUGAAGUAUGAGCGCCUGGCCCGGAUCUUGCUGCAGGAGAUUCCAGUCAGAAGCAUCAGCCUAAGAAGUUGCUAUUUCAGUGACCCAGACUGGUCCAUGCGGCCCACUCUGACGGACAUUCUGCCUUCCUUCCGGAACACCCUGCAGAAGUUAACAUUUGAGUUCAACAACAAUCACGAGUCACUAGAUGAACAGCUACAUUUCCUCAUCCUGGCUUGCCGAAAGCUGUUUUACUUCAAAAUCUGGGCUUUCCUGGAUGUUAAGUUUGUGGAGCGAAUCCUGAAGAGCCAGGAGGAGGGGCAGUGCUCCCUACGCACACUAAAGGUGAGAAUUUAUACAAACCGAUAUGAGACAAAUGAAGAGGACAGGACCCUGCGGGAAAUUUACAGGAAAUACAGAAAGCUGAUCGAUUCAGAACUUAACUAUUUUGUCAUCGCCUACCCUAUGAUGUAAAGAGUGCUCUCCAGAGGAAGACAUCUAGACGCACUCGGGACCUGAAAACCUGGUUCUCGGUGAAUUACAUUUGGGACUCGCAUGCCCUCAUCCCUUUUCCUUCUCUCUCCUUUUUGCCAGUUCUACGCCACCAUGAACAGCCUGGCAAAGGCUGGACUGCUGGUGACGGCAAGGCCCCCGAGCGUCUUUAAAGUGCUAUCUUUGCCAACA